AUUAACAAUUUAUCUUCAGUUGUUAUGGAACAGACUUUAUAUUGGCUAAGACAGUGAAUUUUUUUCUUAUAAGAUGACCUGACCGUAAGAGCAAAAACGUUCGAUCUCCUCUAAAACAGGCUAGGGACAUGAACUCUUUUUAUAAUAGGCAUAGUUCAUCAAGGCCUACAAGAUGCACUAAGUCCCGACUCAAAAGUGAACGAGCAUCUGGGAAUAUUCCCUUGUUAGGCGAAAAAUAGUGAAUCCAGAAUCUAGAGAUACCCAUGUAAAAGAAAAGUGAACCAAAAGUCACUUUUUAUCACUUUUAAUAGUAAUAAAGUAAAACAAAGUAACUUUUCUUACUAUUUUUCACUUUUUAUAGUACUUUUUGAUAAUUUUUCCACUUUCUAUAGUACUUCCUCAUACUUUUCCUACUUUCAAAAGUACUUAACAGUACUUUUUAGUCAAAAAGUAUGAAAAGUACUUGAAAAGGUUCACUUAUAAGUACUUUGUUCUGCUUAAAACCUACUAUUGAAAGUACUUAAUAGUCACUUUUUUGGGUAAAAAUUUUUACGUGGGUACUGGUGAAUUGUCAAACAGAUUCGUGAGAGUUGACUAAGAUCUGAGAUUCUUGGAUCCAAUUUUUAAAUAAUGGACAUUAUGAACAAUUCUGCCUUAAUCGAUGCAGCAAUCUGUCAAACUGCUUUAUAAAAUCCAUCAUUUUGGUGUGAAAGUAUCACGAAUGGCAACAGAAAUAUCGUAUCGGAAGAUGGGUUCAGACAGCUGCGAAUGACUGAUAUAAAGCAGAGAGACAUAGUUAAUGUAUUAAUGUACACAACUUUGAGACAUUCUGAAUGAUAACAGUAAAACAUAGAUAUUAUUACUACUCGCUAAGUUCGUACAUGCCAAACAAACAUAUCAGUAUUUAUUCUCCAUUCAACAAAGUUUAAUAUUCGACUUCUUUCCAUUUCCUGCUUGAUUGAAAAAUUCAAAAUGUGAUUCUCUAUUUAUCUAGAUGACUUUUAAAAAGAAAAAGAGUUUUUCCAGAGUGUUUCAAGGCUAGUUUUUUGGAAAGUUCUUUUAGAAAGGCUUUCAUGUUUCUGAAAGUGACUGCGCUAAUGUAGCACUUAUUUUUAUCUAUAAAUCUAAAUUUUUAGCUCUAUCUAUUGAAAACUGCCUGACUUGUUUAAAAUUACUUGGCCGAUUUGAUGCUAAACUCGUUAAUUUUGAAAGAAACCUAAUUAUCUCCGAAACGAAAAGGAUUUUAAAAAAAAAAGACGAAAGCACUUUUAAUCCUCAUUAUAAGGCGGUUCUUAUGGCGUAGAAACCACUUGUUUAGCUCUUUCAGCAAAAACUGCACAGGUUUUCAAUAUAAAGUAAGCAGAUUUGGAAACAGGGUACAUGAUGUGGAGGUUGGGCUGGGUGGGCUAGCUCACAGCACGUGUCACCUCGUGUCUGCAGAAAUUUUAAGUAUUUGCUCAAAAACUGUCUGCCAAAUUUUAGCCGCUCCCACUUUUGAAAAUCAUCGAGAGCCUUGUUUGGAAAGCGUUUUGAUUUACGCGCAACCAGACUUUCACUUCUCAAUGAAAAACCUUGCAGGACUCUUUUUUGAUUUUAUUUUUCAUGGAGAGUUAGAAAAAUCAUUUUCUUUCGCUAUACAGUGUUUUGAAGAAAAACUACAGAGCUUUUUUUCGGAAGUCAAUGACUUUUUGGUCCUUUCAGUGAUUUUGCAUUUUCGCCAUGAAGAAAGAGUCUGUUCGGUUAAAAUACCGGCAUUUGUAAUCAGCUCUAUUAGAUGAAUCUAGAUAUAUGUGAAUGAGGUAAAACUACAAAUCUGCUCGAACUUUGAAUUACUGAAACAAUGUAUUAUAGCAAUGUCAAACAUGUUUUCAAUUUUUAGUAGCUACUACAACAUCAACAAUUGGUGUUGAUCUUCCUUUGGAAUGUACUGUUUACACUACCAUCGAUGAUUCAACAAGAGUCGUUUCAAAUAAUAUCAAUGAUGGCUCACAGGCGUGCGAUGCAUCAUUGUUCGAUAGUACGCCUGACCCAAUUCGUUUCGUGUCACCUGGUGGAACACAAAUACCAACUAUCUCGCCUGGUGGAAAUAACUGUGGUGCUGGUGGAGCUGGUUGGCUAGUUACAUCUCAUCCUUCCGAAAUUGGUCAAUCUAUUGAUGGAACUGUUUGUUAUGCAGUUGACAGCAAUGUUUGUUGGCAGUCUAAUUCAAUACAAAUCACGAAUUGUGGCGGUUACUAUGUUUAUCAGUUGUAUACACCACCUACAUGUAAUUUACGUUAUUGUACAGUUGAAUUUCCUGACCAAUGUACCAAUUACACCACGAUCAAUGAUUCUUCAAGAUUAGUAUCAUCUAAUGGUGGAUCCGGAUGUGACAAUUCAUCAUUUAGCACAGGAAUAACUUAUGUUCGAUUUGUAUCUGGAUCGGGCAAAGAUAUGGAAAUACCCAUGUCCUCACCAGGUCCAAAUCACUGUGGCACUCAAGCUACUGGAUAUGUCACAACUGAUUAUCCAUAUUUCCCUAGUCAAACAGUUAAUGCAACUGUUUGUUAUGCAAAUAAUAACACUAGUUGUUAUGCAUCAAAUACGAUAACAAUUACAUAUUGUGAUCAAUAUUAUGUAUUUGGACUAACAAAACCACCACGGUGUCCGGCACGUUAUUGCACUAUGGAUCUGCCUAUACAAUGUUAUAAUUAUGUUACAAUUAAUGAUUCAACACGUCUAUCAUCCUACGGGGAGAGUUCAUUUGAUGAUACAACGUUAUUUCCUAGGGCUGGCUCUAUAUCCUAUGUACGAUUUGUGUCACCAGGUGGAACUCAAAUAUUAGGAACGCCGACAUACGGUAGUCGCUGUGGCACAAGGUAUUCUAUUUAUAUUGAUACUUCAAAUACACCAUAUCCAUCAUCAGUUGGUGAAACAGUCAAUGCCACAGCUUGUGGGUAUUAUGGUGGUAAUUUGUGCUAUGCAUCAAAUAUGAUAACAAUAACAAAUUGUAGCACAUAUUAUAUAUUUGGUUUAACAGCUCCUCCAUUCAGUAGUCCAUCACGCUACUGUACGGUAGAUCUACCCUCACAAUGUUAUAGUUAUCGAUCAAUCAACGAUUCAACUCGUUCAAUUUCCAAUCUUGUCAAUGGAACAGCCUGUGAUCAAUCAUUGUUUACUAGCAGUAAUAUUAGUGCUCCCACAUAUGUACGAUUUAUCUCAUCUAAUGGAGCAAUUUAUAAUUAUGCGCCAGGUGGUAGUAAUAUGUGUGGUACAUCGUUACCUGGUUGGACAAACUCUACUUUUCCUACUAAUCCUGGCGAUACUGUUAAUGCAAUUGUAUGUUAUCAAUAUCUUACUCGUUCAUGUUAUGUUUCAAACACAAUAACAAUAACAAAUUGUGAUUCUUUCUACGUGUUUGGAUUGACAAAACCACCUAGAUGUCCAGCACGUUACUGUACAGGUUAA